ACAAUUGUUAUCGUUAACUUGCAUGGUAUACAUGCACCAAACAGUAUGAACACUAAUGAAGAAAUAAUUCCCAUGUUGCAAACUGAAUUUGCAAUUUUAUUUUGUUUAAAAUUGUUAUUAUAAUUAACUGCUAAAUGUAAGUUGAAAUGUCGUUGCUUUCAAAAAGCCUUAAAGAAAGAAAAAACGAAAACCAUGUUGAUAUAACUGAAUUGCCGAAAUGUAGGCUUUUGGAUUUAUUGGAUAGGCAGAACAAAAUAGCAUCCAACAAAUCAACAUUGUUAAAGCUCCCAGAUAAAGGAGUGAAGUUACUCAGCUUCAAAAAGGAAAUUGAGGAUGAACUCAAAAAACGAAACGACAUUGCCGACAUCAGUGAUGUCAUGGCAGGAUUGUCUAUCCGUGCCGACAUACAAGAAAUCGAGUGGACUGGAAAGCUCAGUAGUCAGUCUGAAAGUAAAUUACAACCUGAAGACGAAAACGAUCCUUUGAAGAUUCUUGCAACCCAUUCCGGUACAACUUUUCACCAAAAGAUUAUAUGCUCAAAGUCUGAUGAUGACCCAGAACCUGAUAUUUCUGAACAAGACAUUCAGGAUGCCUACGCCAUUAACCUCUGUAAUAAAGUACAUAAGAUUGAACCUCCAAUUAAGUUCCUGCCACACAAGACAUUAAAUAAAGUUAAAGAAAUGUCAAAGGACAAGUUAAGAGACCUUUCUGCCGCAGCUGGUCCCCCAUCAAAGUUCGGAUCAUCAAAAGAAGUCUCUCUUGAGGACUCGCUCAAAAUUCAACUGGAGCAGGCAAAGCAUCUGAAAGAGAUACAGUUGAAACAUGCUGCAGAACGCCUAAAAGACAGGACAUACUUAAUCGGCACUAAGAUGCCCGAUGAAGACGGGCUGAAAGUCUACAGAGAGGUACAAAUUGUAGAUAGUGAGGAAGAAAACGAAGACGAAGAAGAAGGCUUAUGAUUAACUACUCAUUUUAUUUCUUUAUUACUAUUUAAACUGCCUGUAAAUAAAAUGAAAAUUAUUCUUUUA